UUCAUUUUCGGUUAUCUCCCGUCAAUUGUAUGUUACCUCCCUUGAAACGCGUGCAACGACUUCAAGAUGGCUGCAACACGGGAGGUGUUUCGGCAGUUGAUGCGAGAGUUAAAGCUUAUCUACAAAACUGAUAACUUGCACAAUGUGCCAGCCUAUGCUUAUGUUGAGAGCCAGUUUCGUCGUUUUCAAGUUACUGGUGAAAAGGAGUGUCGGGGCAAGGAAGAAGCAAAACACAUGGCCCAAACUUACUUAUGUCUUCUGAAAAGUGUCCGCCUGCAAGAGGAACUAAAUGCACAGUACAAGGGUAAGGGAGAGCGUUCCAUUGAAUCCAGUGCCCGCAUGGUUGGUCUUGCUCUUCCCCAAAAGCCUGCUGAUCUUGACAACACACCUCCUCCAAGAUAGCUUUUUCCAGAUUUUUUUUUUUUUAAGAAAAUGGAAAUUAGUUUGGGCUUGCUUUUAAUAUACCCUGCAGUUAAGUAAACACCAACAUUUGGAACUGUGGCUAGAAGUAUUGCUGUGGCCAAACAUUUUGCUUUAUCAUUAAUAAACCUUCUGUUACUAAAAACUUCCAAAGCAAGAAGCAAAGAAUCAGAGACAAAAGUGUGUUUUACCUGGAUCUUGGCCUGAAGUCCUGGUGCUUAGUGACAGAGGUAUUCAGAGUUUAUAUUAAAUUUUCUUUUUUCGUUGGGCACUGACAAGUUUUGUCAAAUGUCCCUGACAGCACCUGCACAGAUGAAUUUUGCAGAGUUGACAACUUUGGGUGAUUUGUGUGUGUGAGAGAGAGACAAAGAUGAAAGAAUGUUUUAAAUGUAUUGUAUAAAACAAGUUGAUAGAUGGUGAAUGUUUAAAAACUUGUAAAUAAAUUUAGGAAUGGUAUUGA